CCAUAUCAUUAGAAAAGAAAUAAUCUCUCAUCCUCUGAAUAUGGUUCGAAUUACCAUCAUCAUCACCGCCAUGCUUGCCGUCUUCUUAAAAGCGGCUUCGGCUCAGGUAUCCCAAUCCUCUGUUACAGUGUCGCCGCCUGAAGCUAGAUCUGCAUCAUCUUCUUCGUUCUCCGCCUGAAGCUAGAUCCGCAUCAUCUUCUCCGAUCUCCUCCUGAAGCUAGAUCCACAUCAUCUUCUCCGAUCUCCGCCGUCGUGAUCGGAAGUUCCCUCCUACUAUCUAUUUCAUUCCUACUCAGUGAUUCUGUAUUUGAAUUGGAAAGAGACCAAGUGAAAGGUUUUUUCAGAAGUCUUGUAAACCCUAGGUAUGUAUGUAUGUAAGCAUCUCAAUUUGUGCCAAUUUCACAAAUUUGUAUAUAAUAUAGACACUUUGAUAACGACAUUCGUAUUUUUUUUGCACAGACAACAUUAGUAUUUGUUUGGCUUGAAAAUCUGUGUUUUCUCAGUUUUUGUCAAUUUCAAAAGGUAAAAUAUAACGCUCUGCUUGUUUUCUCUUUAGAAAUGACUGCAUAUUUCACUCAGCAAAGUUCAUUCUUCACUUUUCAUAGUUAGCAUUUUCUUCACAUGUUCAGUCACUUUUCUGGACGGUCUUUUUUAUUAUUUAGGAACAAAGGAGCUAAAAUAUAUUUGUUGUUAGAUUACAUAUUUCCCCCAAAAGGGGUGGUUACUGCACAUGUGAUUUCUGAGAUUAAUUUUUUAGACCAACUCUUUAGAUAGAGAAAUUUAGAAUCUUAUUCAGGCCAUGAAUGAAUAUUCUCAAUAUCGUGCCAAUUUUCUAAUUUUCAUGUUUUAUAUUUAUGGGAUGUAUAAUUUUCUUAACUUUAACUUACCUGGAGUGUUCAGAACUAGUUUAGUUUUUUUAAACUGAAUUAGUUUGACUUUUGUUUAAUUUAUUUGGUAAUUUUUUUAGUGUAAGUUUGUAAUUGUUUAAAAAUUGAAUCUGCAUUUUUAUUUUAAUAUGGAAGUGUUUUUAUAUAUAAAAAUCAUAAUCAGAAAUAUUUAAACUGAAUUUAAUCAACUUUAAUGUUAUCUUUUGAUCAUUAUUAUAUGCUUUCAUUCGAAUAGUAUUUAUAACAGGCUUAGAGGCAACUUUGAAUAUGUUUUGUGAAAUAAAGCUUUCUGUGUGCUCUUUAACUUAAAGAUAGUAUUUAGACCCAUUAUGUAGAGUUGUAUUUUUAUGCUUUUAUUUUACAGCUACUUUGGAUGUGCUGUAUGACUUGGAUUAUUUUGUUAAGGAAGUUAAAAGCUAUUGAUCAGGUCAAGCCUUGGCUUUGGUUUACUACAUUUCAAGAUUUGGUCCAGAGCAGGUUUAGGUCAGGAUUUUGGUUCCUAUUUUUAAAUAGCCAACAUGGCGUGAAGACAUAUGUGAAAAAAGCUCUAAUUGGGAUUGGGAUUUCAAUGUCUAGCUAUUGCAAUACUAAGGAUCUGAUGUGGAUGACCUUGGUUGAUAUUGUUGAUGUUAUGGACUUACGUGUGGUUCAAAUGACAUCUUGGAGUUUAUGUAGCUAUGGAUGUUGCUCGUUUCAAAUUAUAUAGCUGCAGAAGGAACUUGCUACUUUUCUGAUUUUCAUAUGUUAUCUUAUACUUUGGGCUCAAGUAACUUUCUUGUUUCUGUCAUUUUUUUGUAUAAGAAUUUCUUGUGUCAUUGAAGAAGGCUUUGUUUAUGGAUCUAGAGUGUACUUUUUAAGUGGCUUCGUUUGGGUGUUUGGGACACUUUUACUUGUCUUUUUUUCUUUCAAUAAAUUUGUUUUUAGUAA